GUUUUCAACGUAAUAGUAUCAACGUUGCAUUUUUAAAUAUCAUAAUGCUGUUUUCAACUUGCAUAAAGAGAUCAGCAUUUUUGAGUGCAGUUAUACGACGGCAAAUAGGAUUAGGACCGAAGAGAAAUGCUUACUUUUCUUGUAUUCCAGUAAUCAAAAAUACUUUAAAUACAUCUUCAACAUCAUUAUCCUUAAAUUGCAUUCGAUCAUUCAAUACAACUAAGAUGAAACUACAGGAAGAAAAGCCUCACGAUCAUGCCCGACUUUGGGUCAUUGAGAAGAGUACAUCAGCUAUAUUAGUAGUGCUCAUACCAUUUGGACUUCUCAUUCCGAAUAGACUAUUUGACUCCCUACUUGCUAUUCUUAUUACAGCACAUACCUAUUGGGGGAUGGAAGCAGUUAUGGUGGAAUAUGUACGGGUCUUGUUAUUUGGACCCCUAAUACCGAAAAUUGCUAUCGGAUUCGUAUAUGGGAUGACAGUAUUAAUGUUAGGAGGUCUAUUUUAUUUGAUUUUUAAUGAUAUCGGCUUAUGUAGAGCUUUUUGGAGGAUUUGGAGAAAUAUGAGGAAGCCGAAAGACACAUUUAAGCGUCGUUAGAUAACAUCAAAAUUAAUUUGUAUCGAAAUUUUA